AUGAGCGAUUCUCAGAAGGAAGCACCUCAGGCGGUGCAGGUCGAUGCUCUGGUGGUCAUCAAGAUCGCCAAGCACUGCGCCUCGGCCUUUCCCACCACCGCUACCGGCGCCAUUGUCGGAAUGGACACAGACAGCCUGAUCGAGGUCACCAACUCAUUCCCUUUCCCUACCGUCGAGGGCUCCUCCACCGACUCCCACCAGAACGAUGCCUCCUCCAUCGCCGCCCAGGCACCUCGCCAGAAGAGCAGCCUGAGCUACACAAACGAGAUGAUCCGACACCUGAAGGAGGUCAAUGUUGACGCCAACAGCGUUGGCUGGUACACCAGCGCCACGAUGGGCAACUUUGUCAACAUGCACUUCAUCGAGAACCAGGUCCACUACCAGAAGGAGAGCAAGACGACUGUCGCCCUUGUCUACGACGCCAGCAAGAGCUCACUGGGAAACUUGACUCUGAGAGCAUUCCGACUUUCCCCGGCAUUCAUGACCGCCUACAAGGAUACCAAGUUCACUACUGAGCACCUGCAAAAGUCGAAGCUUACCUUCCGGGACAUUCUGACUGAGCUCCCCGUCACCAUCCGCAACUCCCACCUCCUCACUUCCUUCCUUCACCAGCUCCCCGCUGCUCCCACGGAAGAGACCAUCGAGCCUCCCAGCUCCCUGUCGGACAUCCACAACAGCCAGAUCAAGCCCGCGCUGAACCCCUCAAUCGAUACCCUCGAUCUCUCCAUCGACCCUCUGCUGGAGAAGACCUGCGACCUCCUCCUCGAGAGCAUCGAGACGCACUACACCGACCUCAACAACUUCCAGUUCUACCAGCGCCAGCUCGGCCGUGAGCAGGCCAAGAUCUCGCAAUGGCAGGCCAAGCGCAAGGCCGAGAACGCCCAGCGCGUGCUCGCCAAGCAGGCCCCCCUCCCCGAGGACGAGUGGCAGAGGCUCUUCAAGCUGCCCCAGGAGCCCAGCAGGCUAGAGGGCAUGCUGAACGCCAAGCAGGUCGAGCAAUACAGCAAGCAGGUGGAUGGAUUCACAGCAAACAUCAGCGCCAAGAUGUUCGCCGUCCGCGAGAACCUUGCACCCCAGUAG